UAGACAUCUCAUCUCAAAGGAAGAUCAUGAAAUAAAUCCUGGUUCUAUGAAUAUACAGUUUGAUUCAUCAGAUCUAAGAUCCAAAAGGCACUCAGCAUCUCGAUGAAAACAGUUGGAAAAGAAAACCUUUCAGAUUCAUUCUGCUCUCAGAGUACCCAAGCCAACCAACUGUGAGAAGUGAAUCCUUGCCUUUGUACAUCCAGUUUUUCAUGGAGGACAAGAAGUCAUUUUCUUCAAUGGCUGACUUCCAGAAGUUUUGCCUGAGUGUUUUUUGUCAAGCAUAUAUUCCCUUCUUUAGGCCUUUCUAUAUAGAGCCCACAAACAUCGUCAAUGUGAAUGAUGUCAUUCAGAGGGUUAGUGACCAUGCCUCUGCCAUGAACAAGAGGAUUCAUUACUACAGCCGGCUCACCACUCCUGCAGACAAGGCACUGGUUGCUCCAGAUCAUGUAGUUCCAACACCAGGGGAGUGCUAUGUAUACAGUCCGUUAGGUUCUGCUUAUAAACUCCAAAGUUACUCUGAAGGACAUGGGAAAAACAAUAGUUUAGUCACCAUUUUUAUGAUUUGGAAUACCAUGAUGGGAACAUCUAUAUUAAGUAUUCCUUGGGGCAUUAAACAGGCUGGAUUUACUACUGGAAUGGGUGUCAUCGUGUUGAUGGGCCUCUUAACACUUUAUUGCUGCUACAGAGUGGUAAAAUCACGGACUAUGAUAUGUUCAUUAGAUACCACCAGUUGGGAAUAUCCAGAUGUCUGCAGACAUUAUUUUGGCCACUUUGGGCAGUGGUCCAGUCUCCUUUUCUCCUUGGUAUCUCUCAUCGGAGCAAUGAUAGUUUAUUGGGUGCUUAUGUCUAAUUUUCUUUUUAAUACUGGAAAGUUUAUUUUUAAUUUUAUUCAUCACAUUAAUGACACAGACAGUAUACCGAGAACCAAUAAUAGCAAUCCUGUGAUUUGUCCAAAUGCUGGGAGUGGUGGCCAUCCUGACAACAGCUCCCUGAUUUUCUUCACCAAUGACACGGAAGUUGAACAGUUCGCAAAGUGGUGGAAUAAAUCCAAGACAGUACCCUUUUACCUUAUAGGGCUCCUCCUGCCACUGCUCAAUUUUAAAUCACCAUCGUUUUUUUCAAAAUUUAAUAUCCUAGGCACAGUAUCUGUUCUCUAUUUGAUAUUUUUUGUUACCUUGAAGGCUAUUCGCUUGGGAUUUCAUUUGGAAUUUCAUUGGCUUACACCAACAGAAUUUUUUGUACCAGAGCUAAGAUUUCAGUUUCCACAGUUGACUGGAGUGCUUACUCUUGCUUUCUUUAUUCAUAAUUGCAUUAUCACACUUUUGAAAACCAACAAGAACCAAGAAAACAACGUGAGGGACCUGUGUAUUGCUUAUAUGCUGGUAACAAUAACCUAUCUGUAUAUAGGAUUCCUGGUUUUUGCUUCUUUUCCUUCACCUCCAUUAUCCAAAGAUUGUAUUGAGCAGAACUUUUUAGACAACUUCCCUAGCAGUGACAUCCUGUCCUUCAUUGGAAGGAUAUUCCUGUUGUUCCAGAUGAUGACUGUGUACCCACUCUUAGGCUACUUGGCUCGUGUCCAGCUAUUGGGCCAUGUCUUCGGUGACAUUUAUCCUAGCAUUUUCCACGUGCUGAUUCUUAAUAUAAUUAUUGUGGGAGCUGGAGUGCUCAUGGCCUGUUUCUACCCAAACAUAGGAGGGAUCAUAAGAUAUUCAGGAGCAGCAUGUGGCCUGGCCUUUGUAUUCAUAUAUCCUUCUCUCAUCUAUAUAAUUUCCCUCUACCAAGAAGAGCGUCUGACAUGGCCUAAACUAAUCUUUCACAUGUUCAUCAUCAUUUUGGGCUUGGCUAACCUGAUCGUUCAGUUUUUUAUGUGAAAAUUAGUUUUCUCAAGAUCUUUCAUGGUAUUUUGAACCUCAACAACAGUUCUACAUAAACUCACUUGUAAAUGCUAUUGUUGCUGUAAUUCUAAAUGUUUUUCUAAGAAAAUCUGAAAACAAGGGAACUGGUGCAUUAAUACAUAUUCUUUGUAGACUGGAAAAAGGGCAGUAAGAAUGAUCGUAUUGGACUCUUGAUCUUUCUCAUAUUCACUCAUCUCUUCAUUCUUAUUUGUAUUUUCUGGGAGAAAUAUAGGGGAAGUCCUACUGAAUUUUGUUUUUUUUUAUAAGUAUGAAGUAGAGGGAUAUAUUUUGGCUACAGCAGGGAUUCUUAGGGUAUAAUGAUAGCAUAUUGCCUAGAGCUUGUUUUCUAUUUCUCUACAUUCAUUUUCAUUUACUUACUAAACCAUUUUUACAGUUUACUUAACUUCUACUGUUUGAGACAGUAAACCAAAUACCUCAUUCUUAAAAAAGAAGUUUCCAUGGCAUCAGUGCUAAUAAAAUGAAUUUUUAGCUGACUAUAUUUGAAGAACAAAAGUUUAGAAGUUGUAUCAGUAUUAACCUCGUGAUCAGAAAAUGUUAACAAAAUAAUGUAGGAGAGUUUGUUACUGUCUGACUCUUCAUUUCUAAUGCAGUUCCAGUGAUGUAUGUUUUCUAAAUCCAGACCCAAGUUCAGCAUAGGAAUGAGAAUGAUUGUCUCCAAAGUACAGGGAAUGUCUUGGCUUUUUGGAUGCCCAAAAAUUUCAUAGAUUGUCAUGACAGGCCCAAUGGGCAUAGGAGGGGCAUUUAAGGACCUGCAAGAGAGAAAGAGAGUGUAGAAGGGGCAAGGAGGUUGAGGCUAUGCCCAGUAUAUCCUCAUUCUCUGGGGAUAGAAGUGAUUUUUAUACCAUAGGGAUAGGUUCAUUCUCUUCAGAGUAUGACCUUCUGGAGACUCCCUGUGCUUACACCUGUAACUGGCUGGGUAGAGUUAAAUGUCUCAAGGAAAACUUAGACCUGAAAGGAGGAUUAGGAAUCUGGACUCUUGCAACUAACACUCUUCAUUUUUCUCCCAAGCUAAAUCUAAAUGUCUUCCCUAUACUACAGCCUCUGUGUUCAGCCCAAGACUACUGACAACUAAUUUUAGGCUAACAUUUCUGUUGUUGUUUUUUUUUGAAAUGUGUCAUAAUGAUACAGAUUCCAGAGCAGUAUGUAGAUGAACAAAAAUGAUGACAUGGUGUAUCUAUUCAGUGUCCUUUUUUUCCACCGAAGUAUUUUUAGAGUCAAUCUCAAACACUGUGCCAUUUCAUUUCUACAAACCUUAUGUUCAUCUUUUGAACAUAGUUGUGUUUAUUAUGGAGAUGGUCUAAAAAGUUUUUGUUAGUCGAGACUUUUCUUAGGUUAAGUAGAAAAUUGUGAAUUAGAUUUUUUUUUUUAUCCAAGACUAUCUGACACUUUCACUCAUUGGCUGCUGCUCUGCCACCUGAGCUAUGCUUCCAACCCCAUGAAUUACAUUCUUGACCUCUUUGUCAACCUGUCUUAGGAGUAUAAGGGACAGGUAGUGCAAGGUGCUCUUAAACCUCUGGAACUUAUAAAUGGCUUCUGUCUUGUUCAGUUAACUGACAGGAUUCAAAACUGGGUACUUUUAAGAGCUGUUCUAGGCUUAAUCCCUGUUUAUAUUCCUAGUUGCCUCCCCUGUCUUUUAAGAACUUUAAAAGUAUGUUUCCAUUGCCUCUUUUUAAUAAUGUAUUUAAAUGUAUGUGUUAAGGUGAUUUGAUGUGAUUUUGCCUAUUUCAUGA